AGCCAAUCAAACGCAGCCCUGAGGAUGAUGACCUGAUUGUUGCGUUGGAGUUCGAACUUUGUCCUUGGUGAGCAGAGGGACACAGACAGAGUCAGGACAACCUAUUGGCAGAUGUUUUGGUUUUGUCCCAUUUAGACUGCGUUACCCCUGGACAGUAAUGGAGCACUAUUCAGACCAGGGCGGUGAGGGGCUAGAACUCCUCGAUUUGCUCUUCGAUAAAAAUGAUGGUAUCCUACGGCAUGAGAAUACAGGACAACAAAACCAUCAGCUUUGGCCAGUUCAAGAUCCCCAUAUGAUGAUGCCUGCCCAGGGAAACGAGGACUUCUUCAACGCACUUUUAGAUGGGUGCGACUCUGUUUCGGGGUCUCCAGUUUGGUCGCCCUCUCCUAGCGACAGCGGAAUCAGCGAAGACCCUCAUUCGGAUCACAUCGACAGUCCGCCACCAACCGCAAGCCCCCCCGUGGAGCCUUGCGUCGUCAUAUCUCAGACGCAACACAAUCUCGACACAAACUUCUCAUUUGAAUUCAAUGGCUGGGAGACUGGCUUCUUCCCAGACAAAUCUGGAGGGAUACAGCAGGGAUCUGCAACUCCACAGGCACGACCGACCACUGGAUUCCCCCUAACUGUCAAGGACCUGCUGCUAUCUGGCACACCAGAGCCUACCACAAAGGUGUCCCAGCAGUCCUACCAGGAGCUGGUUCUCACAGAGGAUGAGAAACGACUCCUUGCCAAAGAAGGAUUGACUCUGCCAAAUCAGUUCCCGCUCACCAAGUACGAGGAAAGGAUUCUGAAGAAAAUCCGCCGGAAGAUCCGCAACAAGCAGUCGGCCCAAGAGAGCAGGAAGAAAAAGAAAGAAUACAUAGAUGGCCUGGAGAGCAGGAUGGCGGCAUGCAGUGCACACAACCAGGAGCUGCAGAGGAAAGUCUUCCAGCUGGAGAAAUGCAACAUCUCCCUGAUGGAACAACUGCGUCGGCUCCAAGCGAUGAUCAUGAACGGAUCCAACAAACCGGCCCAGACUGGGACCUGCAUUCUGGUACUGCUUCUGUCGUUCACCUUGAUUCUGCUGCCCAGUUUGAAGCCCUUCUCUGAUACCAAGGUCAGUCAGCAUGGAGACUUCAGCCAAUUGAGAGUUCAGUCACGGUCCCUGCGCAACCUCCAGUCUUCCCGCGUGCUGCACACUCUCGAGCAUCCGUACUCAGUGACAGAGGACUCCAAAAUUCUGCCGCGCUUUUCUGAAGAUAAAAGUAUUGAGGAGAUUGCGUCGCUGCUGGGAAGACUUCACAGGAGACCCGAGUUCACCAAUUACGACUCUGAAUUCCACAACCACAGUUUUGACCAGCACGAAGAGCAUCACCAUGGAGACCCCAUCACUGGGCAUGUAGCGACACUGACCUUGAAUCCGCGACGUGGCUCACGGCGGAGUCCUCAUGCGGAUGAUAUGUGAAGGGCAGAAGGGGAUUUACCUGGGGAUUUGUCAAAAGUCCUUUAACAGCGCUUUUGAAGACGGGAGCCAGCCAACAGAUGCGGCUGGAAGCUAUUUCCCCCCUUCUUUCUAUACUGAAGUAAUCUUUAAGAGAUACAGAAGCUUAUUUAUAUGAUCAAAAGUCAAAUCUGCUCAUUUGGAAUGAAGGAAGGGCUUAUUUUUCUCGUUUUUAAGCUUGACAUUUAAGAAGUGCAUCUUGUUUUUUUUUUUUUUUUUUAUAUGUGGACUAGUGGGGUCCAAACGAAAAGGCUAGGCCUUUUUUUUUAAUUAUAAUUAGGGACCUUUUGCGAUUAAUGUUAACGUUAACGUUACAUUACAUCUUGAGAGAGUCCGCGGUAUGAUAUGUGGAUAGAGACAUGAAAGUAGUGCCGGUUUUCUUCACGGGAAUGGGCGGAAUGAUAUACAACGUUGAUAUCAGGCAACUAGAUGACAAAAUCGACCAAACAUAGUCAAGUAGCUAUUCCGAGUAUUCCUGAUUAAAAAUAUACAAAUAGUGUAAUAACAAAUUGAUUGAGUGAAAUAAAAAAAGGAUGAAUUUCAAAAUGUCAAACUUCAAUGAAAACUUCAAGAAAAUCUGACUUUUUUUUUUUUACAAACGAAUUAACAUAUUUAUUUUACUUUAAAAUAUAUAUUAUUUACAAAUUAAAGGUAAUGAAGUCACUACAAAUUUGAACCAUAUCUGAGGCGAAUACAAAAUUAAAUUCAUUAAUUUUACAUCAACAAGUUUGUCCUACGUGCCUUUGUUUUUCAUCCAUUUGAAGACAGUUUUGCUUUAUUUUUUAUCUGAUGACUGAAGUAAAAAAAAUAUGGAUUAAAAACUAGUUAGUUUGCAUAAAUUACUGUGCUUUUUCAGUAAAAUCACGUUGUGUUGAAUUGUCUUUCAGUUUCUUUCAAUUUCUUUUUCCAUCGUUUGCAUUGUUAUUCCCAAUAAAUGUUCUAAAAUACGUUUUAUGAAAUGGA